AUGGUCAAAGGCAGCCCAAUCCUGAAGUUCUUCCAUGCCACCAAGUCAAAUAUUGGCUUCUCUUCUCUGGCCCAAGCCCCAACCCGGAAAGUCCUGCAGAAGUUUCUGGAGAAAGGGGAGUAUCCGUCAUUCCAGUCCGUGGCCAUGUUCGAAAGCACUUUUGUCCAGGUCACCAGAAGGGGCCGGCAUGUCUUCAUCCACAACCACUGCAACGAGGCCAUCAUAGGUAUCGCCUCCACCAAUACCAACCUGCCGUUGCCAAAUCUGAUGAUCAUCGCUCGCCCGGCUGCCGUACAGAUCCCUUCGGAAUCACACACAGAGGAACUGAUACUCACCAGGCUCCUGCCUUUGAAGUUUGUCCGGAUCUCCAUCUACGACCCGGAGAAGCAGCUCAUCAAAAUCAAGCUGAUCAACGGGCGCUCUUACUACCUUCAAUUCCGUGCGUCCACGGAGGAGGAGGAGAAGCUCUUUGACCACUGGCUGUCUCUCAUCCACCUCCUCCAUCACCCGCCGGCUUGCUACCUGAGGCCCCAACCCACGUCCUGCACGCUCAUCGACAAUCUCAGCAUUGAGGUCAUCCCAAGCGAGGACGAAGCCGAAGAUGUUAAAAAAAUUCCACCUCCAAAGCAGCAGAAGAAGCAGAAAGAACAGAAGGAGAAGGGAAGGAAACAAGAGAAGGAAAAGGCAAAGCAAUUGCAAGCCAGGGUCAAAAUGUCUCGUCAGAGUAAGUUCAGCAGUAAAGAAGAGUACACAGAACAGGAACGGCAGAUGCUCCAGGCAGGUCCUGACAUUACGUUGAGCACAAUGGAUCUGUUCUUGAAGAUGGAGAGCUUUGAGUCCUACAAGGGGAGCGACGCCACCGCAAGGAUGUCCAAGUAA